ACAUUUUCAUUUUAAUUCCAAAAUUUUUAUAACUCAGUUUGAUUUUAAAUUUCAUCGAACAGAAAGUAGUAACUUGGUACUGAUUUACGAUGCUCAUUAAUAUGUAUAAUUCAUAAAUAAGAGAAUAAUUGAGGAGUAUUGUGUAAUUAACCCUUUGUUAAUACGGUGGCCUUUCCUCUCGACAAAACCUUCUCGUCUCUCUCUCCGCUGAAUCAACAGAAGCCGUCUCUCUUUCUCUCUAACGAAGCUGAAGACUACGGUAGACAUAACUUAGCAAUGGAAACAGAAAAGAAAGCUGAGCUUGUAAGUCUGCUCAGAGUUCUCCCCCCUGUAGAGUUCUGCUGUGUUAAUGGCUCAGCCCUCCAUCCAAGUAAUAGCGACAAGUCAUCAAUGGGAGAUUACAUUCUUGGUGUGUCUAAUCCUCUGCAAUGGCAUACUGAGGUAAGUGUUGAAUUGCAACCCCUUCCGUUUCCUUUCCUUUACUUUUCUGUCUUAUUUUUUUUUUCAGUUGCGGAUGAAAUUGGUGUUGGAGUGCAUUUCAACCCAUUUGUUACUUGGAAGGACAAGAUGUUCAAGUACGGAGUUGUUCGAAUGGAUGACUUGGUUCGGGAUGUACUGAAAUGGGAGAGGUUCUAUUUGAGUGGUCGUUUACAAAAACCUAUUCUCUGCUUUUAUUUCCAGAUCUCUCUUUCGCUUCAAUCCAAAAGGUAAUUCAUUUAUGAUUUUCGAUAAUGUCUCCAGAUCGAUGAGAAAUUAGAUAUAUAUAUAUAUGUGUGUGUGUGUGAUGUGAUUGUUUCUUUUCAAUGUUUGUUAACUAGAAUUCCGCAUGAUUAUGGAAACUAGGAUUUUUUAUUUUUUAUUGUUCCCGAAAAAAAUGAAACAAAAAGCCUAAUGCUUUUAUGGGAAUUUUGUUGAUUUCCCCACCCCCCAUUUUGUUGAUUUCCCAUAAACACGGACUAUAAUACAGUUUUGGGCAAAUUUCUUUACCCAUUGUGCUUUACUCCAUCUGCAGUUUACUCCAUAAGCAGAUAACACUUUGGAGUUUAUGCACUAAAGAGCACACCAAUAGGCAUUUCGUCCUAGUUAACGCACGUGUAAAUGCCAGGACUUAAAAGGAAUUAUGUGUUCAUUUCCAAAUGUCUGGAUAAACCCCACACAUGAAGUGAAGUGAACUUUGCCUCGUAAA